AUGGAGGAUGUUACCAGCGUGGACAUGAUGACAACGAAUACGGGGUCUAAUGGGUCGAGAUGGAACCCCACGAAAGAGCAAAUCAACUUGCUUGAGAGCUUUUAUAAUCAAGGGAUAAGAACCCCCACGGCGGAGCAGAUUCAGCAGAUCACCGGGAUGCUUAGGGCUUUUGGUCAUAUAGAAGGCAAGAAUGUGUUUUACUGGUUUCAAAACCACAAGGCUAGACAACGCCAGAAACAGAAGCAAGAGAAUUUGGCUUUCUUCAAUCACUUUCAUUACCCAUAUCCCCAUCCUCAUCACCAUCUUUAUCUACAACAUUGCCCCAAUGUUAUGUACCGGCCGUACUACGUAGCACCGCAGGGGGAUCUAGGGUUCUAUGCAAAAAGUCCUGGUUUAUUCCUUUCUGCAGGGUCCACUACGGGCUAUAAAAGGAACGCACAAAAAAUGGAGAUAAUGCAUAAACCCUCACCGCCAAUUGGAGAUGAAGAAAGUAACACUGCAAGCGUAAAAUGCAGUCCAGAAACAUUGGAUUUGUUCCCGCUGCUCCCUACCGGGAUCUUACAAGCGUCAAAGAGUGUUAACGGGGUUUCCGGUGAUGCUCCGUCGUCGGGUUCGGUGGAGAUUAAUUGCUGCGGCGAUGAACAUAGAGGAGGCGGCGGCGGAGGGUCCGCCGGAGAUCAUCCUUUCUUUGACUUCUUCUGCGGAAACGGUCGUUAUGGAGCUCACUGA